AUGGCGACGAAAAGCAUUGCCUUGAUCCUGGCCGGGAUCUCGCUCGUUCGAUCAGCUCCACCAACGGUCCCAGGCUUCGCGCUGACCUGGAGUGACGACUUUAUUGGCACUGCCAACAGUCUGCCCAACCCUGCCAACUGGAUCGUGGACACUGGUACUUCAUAUCCUGGCGGUCCAGCCAAUUGGGGCACCGGCGAGAUCCAGACCUACACAAGCCGUCCCCAGAACCUGAAGCUCACCGGCGACGGCGUGCUCCAGAUCACUCCUCUCCGCGACGCGAGUAACCAGUGGACAUCCGCCCGCAUCGAAACCCAGCGCACCGACUUCCAAGCCCGUGACGGCGGGAAGAUGCGCAUCUCAGCCCGCAUUAUCAUGCCCGACAUCACGGGAGAAGCUGCUGUUGGCUACUGGCCAGCCUUCUGGACACUCGGCAACAAUUACCGCGGAAACUAUCAGAACUGGCCCUCUGUGGGCGAGUACGAUAUCAUGGAGAACGUCAACGGUAUCAAUCGCGUCUGGGGUGUUCUGCACUGCGGUGUCAACCCCGGCGGCCCAUGCCGCGAGACUGACGGUCUACCAGGCAACAUUCAGUGCCCCGGGACACCGUGCCAGGGGAACUGGCACGUUUACACUCUCGAGGUUGACCGUGGCGCGACUCCCGAGAGGCUCACUUGGAGCGUUGAUGGCGUCAAUUUCCACACUGUGACUGAAAACGAUGUUGGUGCUGCAACGUGGGCGCAGGCUGUACACCAUGGUCAUUUUGUUCUGCUAAAUCUGGCAAUUGGGGGUGCUUUUCCGAACAAUCAGCGUGGAAGUGCGACGCCUAUUCCGGCAACGGUGCCGGGAGUGCCGCUGUAUGUUGACUGGGUGGCUGUUUACAACUCUGUUUGA